CUAUCCCCAAACACAAGUGACCUAGAUAGCUCUCAAGGCUCACCUGCCCCCCGCGAUGGUUCUGAGAGUAGCGCGCGAACGCCGGCCGACGAUCUGCCUAUGCCAACCCGCAUGCUGGAGAUGAGACUUCUACACCACUAUUUGACCUCGACUUAUCACACGCUCGCCAAAGAUGGCCUUUCUGCAUAUAAUUGGUCAAUUAAAAUUCCUCGGAUGGCCACUUCUUUCCCCUAUUUGCUGGACAGUAUCCUUACUUUUAGCGCAUUGCAUCUGGCCACCCUCGAGCCUGACAACCGCUUGUCCUGGCUCGAUGCUGCAGUGCGAUAUCAGAGCCAGUCGUGCUCGGGAAUGGGUAAAAUCCUCCCAAUAGUCACACCCGAACAUUCCGAACCUGCCUUUUUGUCUUCCGUCUUCAUCCUGUUAUUUGCAACUGGUUUCUCGGGGCUGUCCCGGGCCAACCAUCCCAUGGAUCCCAUCACCGCGGUGGUAGAAAUGCGGACCCUGAUGUCGGGUUGUGCAAUGCUCUUCGGUCGCUUAUUGGAAAGGGCCCCGCAAGAGCUGGAGGACUGGCUUAGUUUACCUGAGGCGCAGGAAAGUUUUCAAUCUAAAGAGAAACCCAACGGUGACGGUGCCACAAUUGAAGAGACUCAAAAAUUGUUCGACCUUCACAAGAACUUAAUGAACUCCCUUGUCCGAUUACAAUCCAUCAUUGAAACCGAUCAGUCACCAAACCAACCAGUUUACCAAAGCACUUGGGGCAUUCUGCACCAAGUCAUUGAGCCAUGGCCUAAGAUCGGUAUCCACGGCGGAGUGAUUGCAUGGCCGCUUUACAUCGGUGAGAAUUUCAUAUCCCUAGUCCAGAGCGGUGAUUGGACUGCAAGGGUUCUGUUCCUUCAUUAUAGCGUCGCCAUGUGCCUCAUGUGUAACCGUUGGUAUGUCCGUGAUUGGGGGCACCGGGCAAUCCUUGCCAUACUGGAGCCUCUUGAUGAGAUCCCUCCUCAGUGGGAGCAAACGAUAUCCUGGAUUGAAAAAGUCGUGGAUAUCAAUAGCUAG